UCCGUUGCGAGUAGCGUGUCAGAUAAGGUAUAUAUCCUAUAUCCUAUACCGAAUGUGUCUGGGUGUACCAUCUACCAUCCAGUAUAGGCAAGAACGUUGAAAGAACGACCUCGCAAGUUUGACUGGAUCUACAGCGCGAGAGAACAGAGUCGUCUGCUAGAGAGACUGAGCUUUUAAAAGAGAUAGGAGAUAUUCGCGAUCGCCGAAAUGCCCAACAUAAUAAAUGACAUAAAACUGGACUUUAAGGACGUGCUGCUGCGCCCGAAACGGAGCACAUUGAGAAGCAGAUCUGACGUCGAUCUUUUUAGAGAAAUUACAUUUCGCAAUUCUAAACAAACAUACAGAGGAAUUCCUGUAAUGGCAUCUAAUAUGGAUACAGUUGGAACAUUUGAAAUGGCAAAAGCUUUAUCAAAGCAUGGUCUUUUUACUACGAUCCAUAAAUAUUAUACCGCAGAUGAAUGGAAAAGCUUUUCCACAUUAAAUCCCGACUGCAUAAAGAAUGUAGCAGCCAGUUCAGGAACAGGAAAUGAAGAUUACGAACGACUUUCAAGCAUACUAGAAGCCGUGCCAGAAAUAUCAUUUAUAUGCUUGGAUGUUGCAAAUGGAUAUUCACAACAUUUUGUUGAAUAUGUAAGAAAAGUAAGAGCGCGAUAUCCGAAUCACACUAUAAUUGCAGGAAAUGUUGUAACAGGGGAAAUGGUGGAAGAAUUAAUACUUUCUGGAGCAGAUAUAAUUAAAGUAGGAAUUGGUCCAGGUUCUGUAUGCACAACACGUAUGAAGACUGGUGUAGGCUAUCCCCAAUUAAGUGCUGUGAUUGAGUGUGCAGAUGCGGCACAUGGCUUAAAGGGGCAUAUUAUUGCUGAUGGUGGAUGUACUUGCCCUGGAGACUUGGCAAAAGCGUUUGGUGCCGGCGCAGACUUCGUCAUGGCAGGUGGAAUGUUUGCGGGUCAUGACGAAUGCGGGGGCGAAGUUAUAGAAAAGAAUGGAAAGAAAUUAAAACUUUUUUAUGGAAUGUCCUCCAAUACAGCUAUGAAGAAGCAUUCUGGUGGUGUUUCGGACUACAGGUCUUCAGAAGGAAAAACUGUCGAAGUGCCUUAUAGAGGUUUAGUCGAGAAUACUGUGCUGGAUAUAUUGGGUGGUUUAAGAUCCGCUUGCACUUACACAGGAGCCGAGCGUUUGCGCGAACUACCGCGACGAGCGACAUUUAUACGCUGUACGCAACAAUUAAAUCCUAUGUAUGGUCCCCCUCCAGAAAUGUAAAAUUAUACAAUUAUUAAAUUAUGCUCUCCUUAGAGAAAGCUUAGGAAAGAAAAUUUUAAACGCCGAUAUCUGUUGAUCGCGUAUUAUUGGCGAAUAAUAUUUAUAAAUGGGUGAAAAUGCAGUCUUACUCAAAUGCUUAUCACUUGGUGUGAAAACAUUCAAGUAUUACGAAUUAAUGCUAAAUACGCUCAAAAAUGGAAAACAAAUAUUAAUCUUUCAUGCACAAAAAUAUAGAAUUUCGUUUACGUUAAACACUAUUUUGCAUCAUUCAAAAUAUAUAUGCUCUUAUUUUAAUAAUUUACAUAUACAAUUCUCUAUAUAACAAUAAGACAGAAUAUAGAUUUUUAAAAUUAUAUUUCAUAUUUAAACAAUGAUUGUUAUUGUACUCUAUUUAUAUUUUUGUUGUUACUUUUUAUUAUAAAAUUUGAAUAUUUAUGUAUUUUACAAAUCUUGCAUUAAAUGUGCCCUGUAUCUAUAUAAUACACUCUGCCUAUGUAUAACACCUUACAGAAUUUAUUUAUAUAUGAAAAUCUUUUAUACGUAUUUACUAUUUGCUUCUCUUGAUCAGAGAAACUGGAAAACUUUCUGUUGCGCCUGUCCCUGAAACAUUCGCCAAUGUCAAUUAAUUACAUGCAUAAAAAGUAUAAAAUUACAGAAAAUAUUUUAACUGAUAAAUAAGAUUGAGGAUAUCUUCGUGCACUCAAAAAGAAGGAAAAAUAUUAUUGUGCUAUUAUAAUAAAACAAAAGAAAUAGAGUUUAUAUACACAAAUUCUAUUCUUUCUCUAUAAUUCAAGAUAAUGUGAAAAUAGCAAUAACAUAAUCACAAUAGCCAUUACAUUAUUGCUAUUUUCAUUAGCUCAAAUAAUAAAGAAAGAAUAAAGUUAUUUACGUGUGUUUCAAUAUAAAAGCAGCACAUACUCAAAUAAAUUUUGUUUAAUAUCUUAUUUCAAAUAUUUCCCAAGCAAUGUGACAAAAAUUUAUUACAAAUGUCUUUCAAUUGAACAAUGAGAUAAAUAUGUAUAUUCGAAAUAUAAUGCCAUAGAAGAAUUUUAAGUGAAAACUUUAAAUUGUUUUAUUAAUAACAAAUAUUAAUGCAAUUAAUUGCAUUGAAAAUGUAUAAAUAGUAUAAGGGAAAAUAUUAUUACAUGUUUGAAAUACGUAUUUUUCGUGUUACAUUAAAAACAUUAAACAUAUAAGUAACAAAGCCAAACAAAAAUUUUUAUUAGAAACUAAAUAAUUUCUUUUUCGUUUUUAUUGGAACAUCUUUGUUGAAUCAUUGAAUUCUUUAGAUAUCGUUUAAAACUUUUCAUAUUGUGACUUUUUGAGAAUAGGAUUUCAUAAAUAUAUAAGCAUAAUAUUAAUAUUAAAUUGAUUUCAUAUUUAAAAAAACAAAAAAAUGCGCGAUAUAAUCUUAUUCUAAUAUGUAACUGAACUUUAAUGAAAGCUAUAAUUGGCUCUUUCAGCUUUGUAACUUCAAAUAUUAUAUUAAGUGACAUGUAUAAUCAUUCAUUAUUUUACAUUACCGCGUAAAAA